CACAACGCGGUCAGUCGUGUGUUGACGGCAACGAAAGGAGCGAUAUUAUUGUUUAAUUAAUUAUUGUACGCAAUAUUAUGCCAGUACAGUUGUAGUUUUCAAUCCGACUUGUGGAAUUUUUUCCACCAUUAAAAUAUUUCUUCCGAAGUCGCGAUACCAUUAUACAUAUUUAUUGUACGCAAUGUGCCAGGACAGUAAUAAUUGUCAUCACGCUCAAACCGACUUGAGGAAUAAAAUAUAAUUGUCUACGUUAUCAAACUAUUUUUACACCUCGUCGUCGUAUUCGUUCGAAUGAUGAUAAUACAAUAUUAUUAAUAAUCGUAAGACGUAAUAAUUUUUUUUAUUUUAAACAUUUUUUUUCACAUUCAAAACAAUACAAUGUAUUAAAAGUAAUUCAUCCGUCGGAGCUAUAAGCUUGUAACAAUAUUAUUAUUAUUUAACAUACUUUCGUUGCCGUGCCAUAAUGUUGAACGCGGGACAAGUUUUGCCGGGUGUGGAUGAUAUCUAAUAACAAUAUCUAAAUUAAUGUUUAAUAAUUAAAACGGCGCAACGAUACAAUUUAUAGACUCGUGUGGAACAUCGGCUGCCAGUUUCCUCACCAUCUUGAUGACGUGAAUUUGCUGUAAGAACUCAUUAAAAGGAAAUCGAUUUGACAUACGAGUUCGGUUAUGUAUUGUUUAAAAACAAUAUUAUAGUACUGUUGAUUUUUUUUCCACAAAAACGCUGGGUUUUCCGACCAUUGUGACAAUGGAAACUAUCGUGGGCGCAUGAGAGACCUUUGUACAAUUAUUCACAAUGAACAUUCGUGGGGCGGCUGGUGGGGGUGGCAGCGGCGACGGUUCCGGUUCACCUUCCGAUGCCGGAUACUCGGCCGCCUUGGUAGACGUUGGCCGGAAAAUGUUGGCAAUGGAUGGGCUGCGGCUGCGGCCGAUCAGGACCACAGGGCCGUCGCCGGUCGCGCACAACGGACGCUACUGGACGCCGGACCGACGCAGGGAGAACGCGGAAACGGUCAGGUACAUCCGGUGUCUGGUGCAGACUUGUGAGGCCAUCAAACCGUGGACCGCGGCUGGUUACCAAACGUCUUCGGCACCGCAGACCCGAACCAAGGUAACGAUGGACCAGUUGCCGAGGAUAAUGCAAAAGGUACUUGGAAACAAAAUUCGGAGCAACAGGGACCACAAGUUUGUCAACUACUGGACGCCCAGCGAUUUCGUCAAAAACUGUUUGUUUUGGCACAACUUCUACAGGCACUUUCAUAGGUCGACCGAGUUGGUCUUGAGUCCACACUUAUGCGAAGAAGCGCAGAACUGGGCCAAUCAUUUGGCUCACACAGAGACGUUCGCUUAUCAGAACAAAAUCAAUUACGGACAGAAUCUGUUUUGCCGGAAACCGACGAACACCGAAAUCGAAGGAAAGGACGUGGUCCGAGAAUGGUAUUCGUCUUCGAGAGUUUACAAGCCGAGAAAGAAUCCGAAAAUGUACUCGGCCAACAUCAAUUCGGGUCCUUUCACGCAGCUGGUGUGGUCGAACACAAAAGAGUUGGGCGUCGGAAAAGCGUGCAGCCGGUCUGGUCGGAUAAUCGUCGUGGCCAAUUACCUGCCGAAAGGAAACGUCAACGGACAGUACGCCAACAACGUGCACAUGAACCAAUACUUUUUGCCGGCCAAUAAGAAGAAAUUAGAAUUCAUCACCAGACAGGGAGAAUAGAGACGCCGAAACGACUUCGGCGGACUGUAUAUUAAUAUUAUGCUCAAAUACCGUUUAAAUGUCACGAAAAAAUUAUCAUAUUAUGAUAUUACCUAUAAACAUCAUCGACCACUUUGUUCGAAUAUAUUAUAACCACAAUGUAAUUAUGGUUCCGUGAGCUUUUGCAGUAAAUUAUCGCAACCGUUUUUUUUUUUUAUGAUAAUUUAUGUUUAUGACGUACGUCCAAUCAAACGGAGGACCCGACACGGUAUUACUUCAUAAUCGAUUCCACACAAUACAUUAUAAUACGACUGAUCGAUACGUAUUGAGUAUUAUUAUAUUAUUGUUAUUUAAGUUGUAUAAAAUACAUAGGUAAACGACUGUUGUAUUAUUAAGACUUAACUAAUAUUGUUGUACCAAAUGUGGCUCUUAAUAAUUCGUUUUAUAAAAUUUAAUAUAAUAUCAUGUUACUCCUCGAUCAAAUAAUAUAUUAAAAUAUAUUUACUAUAACCGUGACAUUUUUGAAAAUUCCGUUUCUUGCACGUUAAAAAUACGUUUUGUUUAUAGCUGGUCUGAACUAAGACACCACCACAUUUUUGUGGAACGUAUAAAAUCAAUAAAUUGUACGUAAUUUUCGUAUUUAUUUUAUGUUCUUGUACCUACAAAUCUCAAAAAAUACCAGACAGGUCUUAUAAAUAACGAAUUUCUGAUCAUCUGUAUGUGUACACUGCAACUCUAGUAUAUUAAUUAUGUUUAUAUAUUAGUUUUAAAAAUAUACAUUGUUAUCAUAUAUUAUUUGUAUGAUUAAAAUUAUUUGAUAUAAAAUUAUUGAAACCGUAUUAUUAAAAUAUGUAAUUAUACAUUUUUUAACAACAGGACGGUCUACUCAAUAAUUAUUUCUAAGCCUCAUAGCUGGCUCAUACGCUCCUAAUAUUCCAUGGAAAUGUUGAAAUUCAGUUUUUAUUA